AUGGCCGUUGCCCUACUCACUAUGAUCAACCACAGCUGGCACAGCUUCCAGGAGGAAUGCAUUCCGAAAGCGCUUCAGCCUGACACCUAUGAUGCGUACACGUUGCUCUUCGUACUGGUUUCGGCACUGCUGAUGCACAUGCUGGACGUGCUGUUGGAUGUCCUGAUUCAGAAUUGGUCAGCUUGUCAAUGCGCAAGGGAAGAUCCCUCUGAGGUCGUGGGACCAGCUGAGUACGAAAUGGAAAACGACCCGAUAAGAGGGCCGUGCGGCAUGAAGGGAUGUGGUAGCCAGUCAGGGGAAAUUUGUGAAAUGACAGGCUGCUGCCAAAAUCGUGGCAAUGCUGGAGAAAAAAGCCUGACAGGUGCGCGGCGCAUCGUGGCUGCCUUGUUGAUGGAAUUCGGCUUGACACUACACAGUGUGUUCUUGGGACUCUCGGUGGGGAUAGGGAACGACGCGGACACCAAGUCGUUGCUUGUCGCACUGUCUUUCCACCAACUGUUCGAGGGCCUUGCACUGGGCUCGCGGCUGGCUGACGCGUCGAUGCACGCAGGGGCGGAGCUGGCGCUGGCGCUGAUCUUCUCAUUCUCGGUGCCAGUGGGAACGGCCAUCGGUCUCAUUUCUGUAAAGGGUUCGAAUGUCUCCAUGACAGGCCCGACAUUCGUGACGUUGCAAGCGGUUGUCAAUGCCAUUGGUGGUGGCAUUCUCCUCUAUAUCGGCUUCGGCCUCUUGCUGAACGACUUCCCUGCAGAUCUACAGAGGUGCGCGGGUAUGCGGACGUCGCACCGUGGCUGGAGAAUUUUCGCGAUGUUCCUUGCGGUGUGGGCCGGCGCGGGGAUCAUGGCGCUGCUGGCAAAUUUGCAUUGA